CCAGUAGUCGUCUUGGCUCGGCUCUGCGCAGGAGUUGCUUCAGAUACGGUCCUUGCACAGGGCCUGCGAUUUUGGCGACCAUAUUUUGCAGGCAAUGAGUUUCUUUGGCCGCAGCGGCUCUUUCAUGGCAUCGGGCCCACGAGGUGGGUUUGUUGCGGGCUCCCGCGGGUCCUUUGCGGGCGGCGGCGGCGGCGGCGCGCUCGCCAGCGGCGGGGCCUACAGCCAGCUGGGCUAUUCUGGUGGUGGCGUCUAUCCCGGUGAUGGCGUCUAUCCCGGGAUGGGCUAUGCUGACGCGGACUGCGGCAAUGGCUGCGGCGCGGACGGGUGUGGAGUGGGCGCUGGCGGUGGCGCGUGCUGCGGAGUCGGAGGCGCCAGCUGUGGUGGAGGCAUCGCUGGUACGACGAUGUCUUAUGUGGGCGCAGGCGGUGAUUACGUUGCCACGACCACUUACCAGUACGUGGGCCAGGGUGCAGGCACCUUCGCCGUGGUGCCGAUUCCUGCGGCCGGGUGCAGCGUUUGGUGGCUGUGCUGCCUCUGGUGGCUGGCGCUGAUCCCCUUCAUCUUCUUCGCGGGAACCACCACCACGACCACCACAACAACGCCCCCCAUCGUCAUUAGCACCCCGCCUCCGGAAACCCCGCCGCCCGUCGUGAAUCCCACGCCAGCCCCCCCACCGCCGCAGGGACCUCCGCGCAUCUGCAAGAUCUACGGGGACCCCCACGUGACGACGUUCGAUGGGAGCCACGCGAGCUUCUACUCCCAGGGCGAGUACUGGGUUGUGAAGAGCUCCACCGUCUGGAUUCAGGGCCGCUACCUGCCAACUCCAGUGACCAACGGCCUCUCCGUCCUGAAGGAGGUCGCGAUCGGUGGCCCCUUCUUGGAGGGCAAGAACGGCGAAAAGAACCUCCUCCGUAUUUCAGCCCUCAGCGCGACCUUCAACGGGGUCCCCAUCAUCCCCAGCUUCCCAGACGCCUGGGAGAACAGGGACCCGAUGGUCAAGGUGGUCACCGACGGCAACGGGCAGGUGAUGCAGUCGAGCCGCGCCGGCAAGCAGUUGCACGUCGUGCACGUGGACUUGCCGCUGAACGUUCAUCUGGAGAUCAACCGCUGGAACGAGCCGGGCGAGGGCGACUACCUGAACACGAUGAUCACUAUGGGCAUGCAGCCCAACCAGGAUGGCCACUGUGGCAAUGCACAAGGCUCACGGCCCAUUCGCCGACCCCUAGUAUUUUUUUUGCUAAGGUCAAGGCUGUGCAAGAGGAUGAUGAUGAUGAUUAUGAUGAUGAUGAUGAGGAUGAGGAUGAGGAUGAGGAUUGGACCGGAGCGCGGGGGACCCCGCAUAUAGAAGAUAUCUCAAGACCUCGGAGGUCUGGGCUGACAGGCCUGGCGCUCUGUCGAAGCUCGCCCCGCAUGGGGCAGGGUCUGGGGAGGGGCAGAGAUCUCCCACGGUGGUAACCCCGGUGGGACGGCAGAUUUCAAUGGCAACCCAGACGACGACACCCGGCCACAGAUCCGCGCCCGCAUCGGCACCACAGGUGUUGCGCAGCAAGACCUGCUCUUCAACACCAAGACCCCCGUGACGCCGGCGAACCGGCCAGACCUCAACAAUUGUCCCACCGAGAAGGCAGACCAGGCCAGGUCCAUUUGCACGUCUAAGUCCAAGAAUCACAUGCCAAACCACGAUUGCAUGGUUGACGUGUGUUUCGGAGGGCCGCACUUCGCGGAACUGACCGACUACGACGAGUGAGGGGCGGCUUGCGAGGCCACAGGACGUGGCUGUUCUACAGCAUCCCGUGCACGCUGGGCGGACGUCUACACUCAAGGGAGGAACAACCACCUGGACCCGACAUGUGGCGUUUACUAAACGGCCCUGGGCGUUUGCUAAACAGCCCUGCCCUGUUUGAUUCCUUCUUUGGGUGAGUUUGCUAAACGACUUGGCGUGUCGGGGUGAUGAUGAUGAGGGUGGAUUUUCUGCUCUCUAAUACACUCGCCAGGACAUUUGAAGAGACUCCAUUUCCUGGGCUGGGCACCCAGAUUUUUACCGAGAAGCAGGGGACUGCCUGGCUCCGCCUGCUACGCAGGCCUUUGAACGCUGGCGGGAUCUUCCACCUACAGCGCUUCACAAUGGGUUCCACCGCUCGGCUGCUUUUUGCUGGGUAGAAGUAUUUCGUGGAGAGAGAUUGGGCAAAGGUACCGGUCAAACCAUCGUCACGGCAGUCGCUCCUAUCGUCGCUCGUACCUAACAACGUUGUAAUUUUAUGCGUCUUCAUGGUCAUCAUCAUUAUCAUCAGUAUCGUACGUCGUCAGCACAGGUCGUCGCAUUCAUGUUCAUGGGCAUCGAACUUGAAGAGACCAAGUUGUUUCCCCGAUGUCUGGCUCGGUCCCAGCGAAUGAGUGUGUCCGCGCGAUGCUGAGACAGUACGGCUUGACCCAUGCGAGUCUGAUGUUCAGACAACACAAGUCAUACAAUCGUGACUUGGCGCCAGAAGCGAUAGGAAAUCAUUGAGGUUUUUGGCGAGGCCGUGGACGAUCUUGAGCUCUCAUCCCGACUGUUGAGGUCGGCAGUUUUUGACCCCUCUGGAUGGAGCCUCGCUGGGGAUGUGCAUUCUCCGCCUUGUUGCUCAUCGCAUGUAUGAUGCAUACCCGCAGGACACUCAACAACCCUCUAGCAGGAGGAGCACAC